AUGGUGAAGAAACCAAAGCCAAAUUUUUACGCCAUCCAUUUGCCCUGCUCUUACGCGGGUGUGUAUGAGGAUUGGUCAGAAGUGAAGCCGCGCAUAGAGGGUCGGGGAAGGGCAGAGUACAAGGGAUUUCAAACCCGUCACGAGGCUGUGUUCUUCUCUGAGACCGGAUACCAGGGCCAGAAAGCCCUAAGAUCAUCUGGACGACCAGGUCCUUCUCGAACUCCAAGCCAAACUUUACCGCCAGCUCGGAUGCAGGCGUCGACACCUUAUCCGACUACCUCGAUGAACAAGCCCAAUGAACAGCCUAAUUAUAACACGGAGGAGACCAAUGGCGAAAGAUUUGCAGAUGUUGAACAUGAAAGUGCAUUCCGCAAGUACUAUGCCGUCGCUAACGGCAGGAAACCAGGCCUGUACGUGACUUGGGACGGGGAGGGCGGUGCAAAGGAACAGGUCACUCGCUUCAGCAAUGCCAAAUUCAAGGGCUUCGAAAAUCGCGAAGCCGCUAUCCACUAUAUGUGCAAGAAUGGCUUCCUGCAGGAUGAGAUAAAGUCCUUUGGCAUGGCAUUCAAGGCCCUGGUGAACUUCACGCCUCGACCGACUGCACCGUUCGAGGAUGAGUUCCGACGCUAUGCAGCAUCACAGGACUUGUAUGGCCCCGAGAUGCGUAAAGCAAAGAUCGAUGCGAUUCGCGAUGACCUUAUUCGCCACUUUUUGCCUAACGGCAUUACAGUCGAUCAAGAAGACGAGGAAGAAGGAAUUAUUUUGACGGAAGACCAAACGCUCAAAAUCUACCAGGGGAUGUGUAGAUUGGCGGGUAAACAUAUACCAGGCGACAUCGACGAAUGUCUCUGGGAGUUGAAAAGUCAACCAUUUGUCAACAUUAUGGAUUUCGUAAACACCUUCCGUACAGGCGAGCGGGUCCGCACAUUUAACAGUUGGGACGACUUCGUUAAUUACACCGUCAACGGCCACAGAAUUGACGUACAAUAUGCGAAGGAUAAUGAGUUCCUGGCACCACUCUUGCAAGACCUCAGGAAAGGGCCCGGUUCGGUUGAUCCGACGAGCGUUAGAAGGGCUUUCAUUGCCAGAAGAGCUGAGAGAAUGCGUGCACGCCAGAGGUAUUUGCCUCCAGUGAAGCGAGAGCCAUUGACUACACUUCCUGAAGCGAGCCUUUCGCCUCCAGCAUCCGACUUUUCGCCGCCUCCAUCUAGAUCACCAACACCAGAUCUAGACCCUCUGCCAGAGCUGGAUAGCCCACGGUCAGCGUCCGACGAGUCAGAAACACCAUCCAUCUCCCCAGCCCGAGGUUUAGAUCCUUUGACACCGGCUUUCCUUCAUGCUACUUUAGCACCCAAUGAACCUCAAAUCAAGCUCGAACCAUCGAGCCCAACUAUGCCUGCCAAUCCUAUUCCACCACCGAAGGCCGCCCAAGUUCCACUUGUGCGAGAGACGCCAAGCACCCCAACGAAGCCGCGUCGCAUCCAGACACGCUCUUCUACGAAAAGGGCACGUGCUUUACCGCCUGACGCUGAACUACCUGGUACCCAAAGGACGAAACGGAGGAAGACACAGGGCAAACCUGGCUGCCAUGGAUCUGAUAUAAGAGGUUUCUUUCGUGCAACAUGA